UGAAAAGUCGUUGCGUGCAGUCAUCCAGUGAUCUCCAAACAAAUCGCGAGCUUAAACUCAAACUAAAAUGGCUUUCAAGUAUCUGAUCUUCGCCUCGGCUCUGUGCCUGAGCCUUGCUUAUCCGCUGGAGCACCAGUACUACGAGGAGAGCCAUGGGUACGAGCACCUGGCCCACCACGAACCGGAGCCCGUCCACGAGUAUGGCCACCAUCAGAUCGAACGCAUCUCACUGGGCGAGGAGCAUGGUCACCUCGAACACGCCGAGCCCCACUACGAGACUCACGAAUCCCACGGACAUGAUGAACAUGUGGACUACUAUGCUCCUCCCAAGUACGCCUUCAAGUACGGCGUGAAUGACUUCCACACCGGAGAUGUCAAGUCCCAGCACGAGACCCGCGAUGGCGACACCGUCAAGGGACAGUACUCCCUGGUGGAGCCCGAUGGUUCCAUCCGCACCGUGGACUACACCGCCGACAAGCACAAUGGAUUCAACGCCGUGGUCCACAAGACCGCUCCAGUGCAUCAUCAUGAGGAGCUGCACGAGCACCAUUACUAAGCCAGGACACACUGCGCAUUAGAGUUAGCCAAAUUGCUCAUCAGCCGGAAGUGGGGAGGAGGAUUAUGAGGACUAGUAGGAGGGACAAGCAUAUCCACAUCGCUCGACCAUGGAAUCAGCUUCAUAUCUCGUAAUUAGGACAUCAGCACACACCCAGGCCUAGGAUCACAUACUGUCCAUGGCCAUUUCAUUAACAUUUUGUAUAUUGUAUUUUAUUCUGUGAUAGCGAAUAACUUCUAUGUGUAUCUUCCGCUUUCAACUGAUCCUUAGUCACUACCUGCUCAGACGAAUUUACCAAUCACUACU